CUGGCGUAACCGGCAGCACAGCUAUGCGGCUCUAGCUAUAAGAAUAUAAUAUAUAUUCUGUAAAUUCAUUCGCAAAAGAAGUCUAAGAUGGCACUGACGUGCCAUCGUAAAUAAAUGCUUUCUUUAUUAAAACAUUCGACAAAUUAUCCUCAACAUGGCGACCGUGACCAGUCCUUUUAAGGACUAACCGGAUCAACAAAAACAACAAGAACAACAAUAUGAUCAUCAACCGCAACAUUGUCAGCACAAGCAAUAGCAGCAGCAGCAACAACAACAACAACAGCAACAACAACAACAUCAGCAACAACAGCAGCAGCAGGCCCAGAAGUACAGCAGCAACGUCGACGAGGACAACAAGUAGCCGCGCACAUCCAGCGAGAAGGCCAAGAAUGUCAACAGCCGCAUGCUGGCGGCAUAAUACAUCCGCAUCACAUCCGCAUGUGACACAGGAGACACAGCAGCAACAUCAACUGAUACCACCAAAAAAAGGAAAUCAAAACAAAACCGGAAGAUACAUGCCCUGCUGACUGCGCUGGACCACUGGAGACGCCUCACUGCGUAUACACAUGUAUGAAAAGGACCAGCACCGGCGCCCCAACAGCCUGUGCGGAACCUGCACCGGCGCCCCAACAGACCAAGUACUAUAGGGCCGGCAGCGCUACAUAGAGCGCGCAACAUAUUUCUAUAUAUAUAUAUAAAAAUAAAUUUAAAUUUAAAAGAAAAAUUGUUAAACUAGGAAUUAAAUUAAGUCAUGAAAUGUAAAGAUAUGUUUGUAAUACUGAGCGAUAAUUGCGUUGCUCGUAAUAGAGUAUGGCCUGACAGCCAUACGAAACAUUAGACAUGAGAUCACUGCGCUGAUCGAAUAGGAAAACUAUAUUAGAAAGAAUAUAAAUGACGAAGUGAAAAAAAAUUAAGAAUAACAAAAU